GGGGGGGGUCCUCAAUGUCUGUCCUCUCUUUUCUUUUUUUGUCGACCUAUUUGCUGGCGUCUCCUAUAAUUUGAGAAAAAGAUAGAACACCUUCCUUUCUUCUUUUCACUGUUACUUUAGAUAAUUCCUUGUCUUAUUCAAUCAAACCGUCUAUUGCAUUCCUACAACACCACUUUUGGAAACAUUCAAAUCAAUGACCUCCACUUGUUAUUGGUACUCUACUAACGGCAUGAUGCAGCGUCGCCUGCCUCUUCAUCAUUUGGCAAUACUUGACCAAGCAUUUGAACGGCAUGCACGUAUUCAACUCUUGAUAGAAGAAGAAGAAGAUUUAUUCUUUAGCGGCAGUAUGACUUGUAGCAAUCCAAAACAGCAACAGCAGCAACAUAAGCACAUCGUGACCAUUACGGCGAACCCAUAUCAAGGCACAAUGACAGCGGGUGACCUUCAUUAUGGAUUAUAUCGACAACCACCGUUAUGGCGGAUUAGUGACGCUAGUUUAGACACAUUGAUUUUAUUGGACGACGACGGUAGUGAAGAAAGCAUUGAUAAGAAGAAUAGAAAAUCGAGGAAGAGCAAUUCUCAGAAGGACGACCAGGAAGAAAAUAUACAUCCUCUGGACAGUAAUAUAGAUAGAUUAGCUUUUACAUCGACGACGACGACGACUACAGCAGCAGUACCUAUGACAAAUAAAACGGGUGCUAACUCCAGUAGAGCAGGAGCCGCCACUAGGCAUAUCAAUAGGCGAUUUCUGCGACGAGAGCAUUUACUAAGGCAGAAUUAUAUGGAAGAUAAUUGCGGUGCUUGCUGUAUUAUCAGUUGAUAACAACCAACUAUCACUAUGCAUUGAUAUGGC